AGAAUCAGACCACAGGUAGUUUUCCUGCUGACAUUCAGACACCAUGGAGCUGCGUCUCUCUGCCUGCAUCCUGCUGGUACUUUGUGCGACAUGGAGUGCAGAUGGAGGAAAUAUUUUGGUGUGGUACACCGAUGGCAGCCACUGGAUAAACAUGAAGCCUGUUCUGGAGACGCUGGUUGACAGGGGACACCAGGUGACUGUACUGAUUCCGAGCUCGUCAAUGUACAUGAACACCAAUGAACCUGCCCGCUUUCGCUAUGAGCCCUUUAAUGCCUCUUUCUCGUUGGAGGCUUUAGAAGAGUUUCUAGAAGAGUUCCUCCAAUUCGCCUUAUACGAGUUUGAUUAUAUGAACUACUUGGAGAUCUUCACCAGAAUCAUUAAAUAUGUGAACACACACCUUCAGAUUUCUAUCCAGUAUUUGGACGGUGUGGUGAAAUCAGAAGUCAUCAUGAAGAAGUUGAAAGAGGGAAAUUACGAUCUUCUCUUGGCUGACCCAGUCAAAGCUGGCAGUGACUUAGUAGCAGAUAUUUUGGGGAUCCCACUCAUCUUGUCCUUUCGCUGUUUCUUAGCUAAUAACUGGGAGAGGCAUUGUGGUCAGAUGCCUGCUCCACCAUCCUUUGUUCCCGGUGCUAUGAGCAAACUCACAGAUAAGAUGGACUUCUCAGAGAGAGUGUGGAACUUUCUCUUCUACACUUUCCACGAUAUCGUGACUGAUCACACUUUUUGGAACGUAUUAGACAGAUAUUACUCUGAUGUCAAAGGAACUCCCACCAGUGCCUGUGAGUUGAUGAGUAAAGCAGACAUCUGGUUAAUUCGAACCUACUGGGAUUUUGAAUUCCCUCGUCCUUUCCUCCCCAACUUCAAAUAUGUUGGUGGGAUCCACUGCAGACCUGCUAAACCUUUACCAGAGGAUCUGGAGGAAUUUGUGCAGAGUUCUGGAGAUGAUGGCAUUGUGAUCUUCACUUUAGGAUCCAUGAUCAAAAACAUCACCAAGGAGAAGGCAAACAUGAUAGCCUCAGGCCUCGCUCAGAUCCCACAAAAGGUGCUGUGGAGGUACAGAGGAGAAAAACCAGAAACCUUGAGCGCCAACACUAGAAUAUAUGACUGGAUCCCUCAGAAUGACCUCCUGGGUCACCCUAAAACUAGAGCUUUCAUCACUCACGGAGGCACAAAUGGGAUUUAUGAAGCCAUCUACCACGGGGUUCCCAUGGUGGGCAUACCCAUAUUUGGUGACCAGCCAGACAACAUGGUCCAUAUGAAGGAAAAAGGAGCUGCAGUUAUUCUCAAUUUGAACUUCAUCACAGCUGAGGACCUUAGAGACGUAAUCAACACAGUCAUCAAUGAUAAAUCGUACAAAGAAAAUGCUAUGCGGCUGUCCAGCAUCCACCACGACAGACCCAUGAGUGCUCUGGAAGAGGCAGUAUUCUGGAUCGAGUUCACACUGAGAAACAAAGGGGCCAAGCACUUGAGGGUCCAGGCCCAUGAGCUCACCUGGUACCAGUAUCACAGCCUGGAUGUCCUGGGCUUCAUCCUCACUAUGGUUCUACUCAUCAUAUUCAUCUUCAUCAAGACCUGCAGUUUCUGCCUGCACAGGUGCUGUGUCAGGAAAGGAAAGGCAAAAAGGAAAGCUGAAUAACAUCUGGAACAGGUGCUGUGAGUGUUGGGCCGGGGCAAUAUUUGUUACCAGCAUGAGACUUUCUUUCAUGUAUGUUGAGUUUCCCAUCAUUUUAUUCUUUAUGUAUUACCACUAAUUACUUUAACUGAAGACAGGUGUACCAGUUUGCAGAAGUGUACCUGAAAUUAAUCUCACUUUAAAAACCGAAUGCUGAUUGGUUGUUGAAUUUUGCUUCCCCCUCCCCGAGAAGAAAACACACAAAAUUCAUUCUAUGCCUUUACUUGAGUAAUACUCAUGAAAAGUCACCACUUUAGGUCCUCUUGGCACUACAUGUGGUCAACAUUUAUACAAAUAUGGAAGAUGGGCUCCAAAUUGAACUUUUACAUACAGAACUCAUUAACAUAAAUCACAUUAACAAAAACCAAACUGUCCUGAAAGAGGUUUACACAAAUAUAUUUGAAUCACAGCUAGUAUUUGUUCCCCCUCCCCCCAUAUGAAUUGUACAGGAAUAAUUUUAUUUUCAUCAUUUUUUCAAUUUUCCAUCUUCUUUCACUUUCCACAGCAUCAGCUCCAUACAGGCAGUAGCAUCUUCUGCAGUGUCAUGACCACAAACUAAGGGGGAAAAAAAAUAAAAUCAUUUUUUAAAAAUUCAAUGCAAUUGAAAUCAACAUCUUCAGAAAUAAAUCUGAUAUCUGCUGCA